AUGUCUGCAAUGCAGAAAGAUCUUAUCUGUAAAGGAUUUGAAAUACAACAAAGAAUACAACAACAUAAUGAUAAUGAAGAAAAAAGAACAUCAUCACCAACUUUAAAAGGUCAUCCGACAAAUCACAGUCAACUUAAUGAUGAUCCAUAUACAGAUGAAUAUCAGGAUGAUGACAUGCAAUUUCAACAAAUAAGUUAUAACAGGCAAAGAAAAAAACCAAUUAAUAAGGACAAGGACCAACGAAUUCAUGCACGAAUGGUAAUUAAUUCAAAUAUUAACAAUAAUAGGAACUCACAAGUAACAACAACUAAUAAUAAUAUUAUUAAAGAUAACUCAUUUCGUAUAUCUAAACAUGCAUUAGAUUAUGCAUCUGAUUAUUAUCAUCAUCAACUGAUUAAAAUUGAAUGUGAUCCAAAAUUAAAAGAUCAACGUGAAGGAUCAAAAUUUAUUCAAGCAUUCAUUAAUUAUAUUAAAAUUGAUUUUUUCAAUCAAAAUGUAUCGUAUAAUAAACCGUUAUUGUUUGAUCUGUAG